GCUUUCAUUCCCGCAAACUACUUCGAUGAAGGCAUCUCAUCCCAUAGCAGAAUAGUCCGCAUGCUGCCAUUCCGCCGCAACGCAUUUGUGACAUUGCACCGCGCCCAGGCCACUGAUUUGAAGGCGUUUGAGUGGCUGCUGAAAUACGCUUCUACCGAGACGUGGUACGAGAAGCCCAGCAACGCCGUUUUGAAGCGGAUGAAACACGCAGAGCUCGCGGGGAACCCGGCAGACGAGCUCCCAGUGAGUAGCGCAAGGGCGACCGAGAUGCAGACUCCCAAAGUGUGGAUGUCGGCUGCUCUCACUACGCCUGCUGACGACGACGUGAGCGAGUGUAGUGCCGAGCACGCUGCUGAAAAUAUCGCUCUCUCCUUUCCCCAGACUUGCCAGCAGUGCACGGAUGCAAAGUCCGAAGCCCUUGAGGCCACAGACUUGGUGUACUGUCUUGUAUUCAGCAGCUUACAGGCCCACGACUACAUUGCUCCUUCCGGUGGCUCGAGCAACAGCGUACGCCCGAUCUAUAUGCUUGCCAAGUGCGGGAGCAGGGAGGCGGCUGUUGCUGAGAUCUUCCAUACUACUGGGCUCAAUGGUUGGAGUCUGGUGUUCAGCUGCGUCAUGAGGGCUGACGAAAGUAUCGAGGAAAGAGGCGGAAAGUUCAGAAGGGUGGACAAUCUGUGGAUACUUGCUGACGGCGACGAUGACGAGGAAUCCGUCAAAAUCUUCUACUAA